AUGACAAGCCUUUCGAGGUUUAGUGGCUGCCCUCUCUCUUGCGUCAACCCCGGGGAGAGCAAUACUGAACCCAGCAUGGUGCUGCCACCUUUGGCAGGAGAGCACAUGGGACACCCCACUGGCAGUUCCUUAAAACUCUGCCCCUCGCACAAUUUGCGAGACUACCCCGAGACGAGGUCCAGUGCAUAUGUUGACCAUUCGGUUCCCACUUUUGCAGACUCUGGAUACCCCGGCCACCGCUUAGAGCACAGCCCUAGGGGCAUUAUCAUUGGAGCCAAUCUCUCUGGAGCCGGCAUGCCACCCGUCACUGAUCAACUGGCAUCAAGAGCGAGCCAACAUGGCGGGAUUGGAAGGUAUCAUCGUGACUUUGCUGGCUCUAGAGACAACAGAAGCCAUGCUUUUUUCACGAGUUACCAGGAGCAGGCCCACGCCUCCGCGGACGCGUCUCGGGACCUCGGCAGCCAGAUGAUGCUGGGUCUACCUGGCGACCUCCUCACCCGGACUCACCCCUAUGGCCAAUCUCUUAACCCCAAGGGAAACAACCAGCAGCUUGUCACACAAUUCCUGGGUCUCUACAAACCUCUCAACAUGGCAAUUCAGCGAGGAGGAGGAGGAGGAGGCGACGCUUUCCUCAGGUGCUCCAAACAAACAGUGAAGCACGAGCUGGUGUGCAAGUGGAGUGACGGCCAAGAGGGGGCCGGGAAGCUGCCCUGCUCCAGAGCCUUCGGGACCAUGUAUGAACUUGUCACCCAUGUGACAGUGGAGCAUGUCGGAGGACCCGAGCACUCCGAGUACGUCUGUCACUGGGAGAACUGCGCGAGGGACAGGAAGCCUUUCAAAGCCAAAUACAAGCUGGUGAACCACGUCAGAGUGCACACAGGGGAGAAGCCCUUUCCCUGCCCCUUCCACGGCUGUGAGAAAGUGUUUGCACGAUCAGAGAACCUUAAGAUCCACAAGAGGACCCACACAGGUGAAAAACCUUUUAAAUGUGAGUUCGAGGGCUGCAACCGGAGGUUUGCGAACAGCAGCGACAGAAAGAAACACUCUCACGUGCACUCCAGCGACAAACCCUACAUGUGUAAGGUCAGGGGCUGUGACAAGUGUUACACCCACCCGAGCUCCCUGCGGAAGCACAUGAAGCUCCACUGCAACAAGGUCCAUGUCUCCUCCAAAAGCGGAGACGUGCGUCCUGGAGACGUGGGUCACUCUGCGGAGGCCAGGUCAACCCGAGUCCCUGAUGGAGCCCAGCUCAGCCCCCCUCACCCUCCAUCCACUCAAGACGUCCCCAUGUCCCCAGAGAGUCGAGACGACUCGACCUCGAGGUCACGUUUCCAUCACACAUUUGACAGCAGUUUGGACUACUCCGCGCACAGGUCACAGCCCCUAUUGGACCCUUUGUUGCUGCAGAGGAGCAGCUACAGGUCCCAGUCCUCCCAGUAUCCCUGCGGCCAGACAGGUCACACGUUUGCGCAGAGCUCCAGGACUUUCACCUCAGCUUCUCCCUUUCAGAAGAGUCUUGUGAACGGAUGGUACACAUGUCACAGCGGCGUGGACUCCUUCCCACCAAAGCAGUGUAACAACAUCCCGUCUCUUUGAGGUCCUGGGCGGACUCGGGCGGAUGAAUUUUUUGGGCCUAUUUUUUCAUGUUAUACUUUAUGAAAACGCAGCUGUAUCUCUAUUGCUAUCUGUAUUUUUGUGAAUGUUGUAUCAGAUAUUUUGUGACAUGUCCUGAGUCAUCUUACAUUGAAAUUUGUUGCACUGCGAAAUGUGAUGAGCUUUAUUUGUUGUUGUGAGGCCUUUUCGGGUGAACCCUGUAGCUCCAUCUCCUUACAGUGGGUUAUAGGAAACUUAAAAUGUGUUUAUGGCUAAUUGUUCGCUGUGUUACAUUAUUACGAGAGAUAUCUAUCAUAAGUGAGACAAAAAAAUGUCAAAGGCUUUUAUGUAAAUCUGCGUGUUUGGGUUUUCUGAACUUAAAAGGAAAUGCUGAAUGUUGCCCUGAUUUUAGGGCUCUGUUUUGAAUGUAAAGUAGGUGUAACACGUCGGGAAGAUAGAAGUAUUAUUCAUGUUUGUAUGUAAGUUAUAAGGCUAAAAAAAUCUAAAACAUUUUGAGACCUAGAGAGCCUGCGCAGUGGGCCUGCAGCAUGUCUGUAAUUAUGACUCCGCGAGGGUCUAUUUUUUCUCCCCUUGAUUAAGUUCUACUUUUUGACCCCUUUUUCACUUCACAUUCUUGUUUGUAUUAUGUGUAAUUUUCCUCAUUUCUGUGCAAAGUAAGCCCAGUGUGAGCAUAAGCUAGUGU